AUGGAAAAUCAUGAACCAGACGAUACUGUCAAGGAAGACUUAAUUUUCAAUAUCAUAACCAGAAAAAUUAAGCAACUCCCAGAAGCAGAAAGGAAUCUGUUUGAACAGGGAUCAACAUAUGUUGGACUUAAUGCUGGUCUCUGUGGUCUAAUAGCAAAUGGUCUUUUUCAACGCAUCCUAAAUGUGACACAUGCUCAUAUAGCCACUGGCUUACCAAUGGCAGUGAUCCCAUUUUUGACUGCGCUCAUAGCUUACAAAGGUUUUAUAAGUUUACCUUUGAAUACAGGUGAUUUGAAUUGUGAAACCAGUACCAUAACAUGGGGUGGAUUGGUUGGUCUCGUUUUUGGUGCUCUGUACCCUGUUAUCUUGGCUCUACCUAUGAAUGGUGGCCUAGCAGCCAGAUACAAGUCAGCCCCGCUACCAGAGAAAGGAAACACCUUAACUUACUGGACUAGAAUUUCUAAGCCUGUCUUUAGAAAGAUGUUAUUUCCCAUUCUGCUCCAGACUAUGUUUGCAGCAUACCUUGGAUCUAGACAAUAUAAGCUAAUUAUAAAGGCCCUUCAGUUACCUGAACCUGGCCUAGAAAUUCAGUGA